AUGUUCAACGAAAGAGAUAGAAGUUGUAUUUUGAACAUCCCUCUUAGUCUUUCAUCGUGUUCUGAUACAUGGUGCUGGAAAUUCGAGUCCAAAGGUCACUAUUCGGUUAAGAGUGCAUAUAGGUUCCUGGUUGAUGGCUUUCAACAUAGGGAAGGGAGCGAGAUAUGGAAAAGGUUCUGGAAAGCUAAAGUUCCCCCAAAAGUGCUCAAUUUCUGCUGGCGGGCUCUAGUUAAUGUUGUCCCUUGCCUCUCGUCACUUCAGUCCAAGAGAGUCCCAGUUGAUCCUUCAUGCCCGUUGUGUCAUGUAGCCCCUGAGAAUGUCUUGCAUAUUCUGAUUCAGUGCCCUUUUGCCCGCAGCUGCUGGUUAAGCUCGCCGUUGGGUUGGCCUGCGCCUUCUGCAUCUUCUUUAAAUGAGUGGUUUUCUUUAGCCUUCUCUUCUGCUUCUGUGGAAAAUGCCUCCCUUAUGCUAAUGAUCUUAUGGGCUUUGUGGCAAAACAGGAACAAUGUUGUAUGGAAGGGCCAGGGUCAGACUGCGAGUGGUGUGUUCUUCAUGGCUCUGAAUUUUUUGCAGCAAUGGAAAGCAGCCCGGGUCGUGUCCUCAGUAAGCACCAUUGUCGACCCGGCUCGCCCGAUCUGGUCUCCUCCGCCACAUGGUUGGAUCAAGGCGAACAUUGACGCCUCUUUAAGCUUGCAACGAGGUUCGGUAGGUUUCGGUUGUGUAAUCCGGAAGGAUGAUGGGAGUUUUGUGGCUGCUAGAGCAGGCUCUUUUUAUAGCCAGAUGGAUGCAAAGUGUGCUGAAGCUAUAGCAUUCCGGGAAGCAUUGAGCUGGAUUAAAGAAUAUAGUAUGUAUAAUGGUGUACUUUACUUGUUGUUAUUGUUACUAUUUUUAUUGUUCUUCCCGUUUAUUAUAGUGUUGAUUGACGAUGCAGUGACCACCUGUUUCUGCCAUAUUGAUAUGAUUGUACGGGAAUAUCCAGUACCUGUCUCAUGCGUAACGGCCCCUGAUUCUCUUCGUGCGUGUGUGGAUGGGUCUACAAGGCUGAAGGUGGGGCCUUCUUCCCGAUUCGGGGCUGAGCCGGGAGAUAGGAAUAAGGCUGAGUCCAAUGAGGGUCAUCCAGAGGUGCCAUGA